AUGUCUUACCUCUCUCUCGGUCUUAACUUGCCCGCGAUGUUCUUGAUGAACCCUUUGUGUGUGUUCAAAAAGGUUGCAGUCUCUCAGUCACCACAGGCUGCUUAUGAUGCUUUGCUCGUCAGACUUCAUUCUAACCAAAAACUUAUCACAGGCACUUCUUUCUCAACUGAAGAGAUGUCAAUCGCAUCUCCCGUUCAGCGAGAGCUCGCAAUUUGUGCGGCCGCCUUGACUACUAUCAAUGCUGACGAGUCCAUGCCGACACACUCUAUCGAAUCUACAUGGUCGUUCGACGUAUCGGCCACUGAUUCGCCUGUUCUCAGUCUCGCAUCCAUGUCCCGCGACUCAACGACCUCUUUUGGCCGAACCAAUGAAUCCGAGUUAUCCUUUUGUAGUGAGGCCGAAGGACAAACUCAUCCCGACGAGUCUUUCCAGCAUCAGAGUGAUCAUUCUUGUCUUGACUUGAGUUUUGACGUGGAAGCCUCAUUUGGUGAUCGUCACACAUCGGUCCAUUUCGACAAGGAAUUUGAUUUCGAGACCUCAUUUCAAGCGGAAAACUACUCUUCAAUCAACGAGUACUGUUUGCCUGAACAUUCUCUCCAACUUCAGUCGGUCUGCCUUCAGACAUCAUCUUCUACAAUCGCAAAUUUCUCCCAAAACGAAAUUCCUCACCUUCAAAUUUACAAUCAAAUGCUUGAAGAUCUACUUGGCUUUUCUCCCAUCGACUCUUCCGAACCUCCUCAAAUGUCCUCCAGUUCACGAUUACCGUCCUCGCUCACAUCCGCAACUCCCAAAAUUUGUGAUUCAAUUGAUUCCGUAUCUCAAGAAAACAUUGAAUCUCACUUAGAAAACUUUAUAAGGAGCUUCUGUUCACGGUCUGAGCUCUCUUUUGGUGAUCACAAUGAUCAUUUUGAUCUCGAUCUCAGUAUUGAAGGCGAAGAAUCAUUUGGUGACCUCAAUCUCUCUGUACAUAUGGACAACGAGUUCAAUGUGGAAUUGUCUUUCGGAGGGAAGUUCCACUACAAUCUUGAGGAAUCUUUUUACGUCCAUGAAGCGAUUGAUUCGAGCAUCACAGCACCUUCCCCUGCCGAGCCUCUUGCUGAGGGGGAAACUCCUCAGCUCGAGAUCUACAAUCAGAUGCUGCAGGAACUGCUCGGUUGCUCAGAUCUGAAUUCUCUCGACUCAACCUCAACACCUCCAACCACAAGUACUCGAUUGAUUCCAUCCACGGCAAACAAGACUUUCAUCAAACCCCGUCAUUGUAGAUCAGAUUCAUCUGAUCUUGAAACUCUUUGUUCUUCGAGGAGCGUGUCCUUUAAAUCCCCACCACCCAAAUUUGUUACAUGUGAUUCAUGCGGACCUUCUCCGGAUCCAGAGAAGCCGACAAAUUUUCUUCAAUCACCAUUGGAUCUUCUAGAAAAGCCUUUCAACUCGAUACUGAUCACGGAUGAACUCAUAGAAGUGGAAACACAACAUUUUGCUCAUGCUGAUCAAAGUCUUGACAUUGACACAUUCUUGAGGCUCAUGGACCUGGAUCAUUCAUUUGGCUUGGAGAUCAAUCUAGAUCUUGAAACAUAUUAA